AAAUACGCGACAAUGUGCCGGGUUCUGGAUGUCCUUCUGGCUCUGCUAAGCCGUUUCCUGUUCGCAGUGCAUGGCGUCGUGACAGUGUGGCGUGUUGUGGUGGUGAAGGGAGAGCCUUGCUAUUGGUUGCUGCUCAUGGGUGUGGCACUGCUGGGUGUCGAGAUGGCUGUUACUAUGAAAUGCACCCGCAACGCAGAGUGGAAAUGGUUCUCUCCUAUGGUCUUCCUUUAUCUCAGUACUGUGAUUCCAUCCAUCUGGUUCCUGGAGCUGAACCUGCUGCAGUUCAAGCUGCCAGUCAACACGACUUCACCUGAUCUUCUUCUCCUGUCUAAUACUCCCAUAGCAGCGGGAUUAGCAGACUUGGAACCUGAGAACUGGGUGGCCGGUUUGGAGCAGACCAUGCUUAUUGUACUGGUACUAGGACGCUGGCUCAUGCCCAAAGGUGACAUGUCACGUGACCAGCUUUCACAACUCCUGAUGGUCUAUGUGGGCCUGGGCGCAGACAUUCUGGACAUCUUUGACACUUUCAAGGAGCCUGAAGUGAAAACCAAUCAUUCUGUAAUUAUUGUGGGGCUGAGCCUCUUCUCCUGGGCGUUAAUGCAAUUCCCUUUGGUUUUGACACAAACAAAUCCCGCUAAACCCCAAACAAACAUCCACAUUAAAAUGACCAGACCUGAGUUACAGCCCUGCCCCUAUACCUCCUGCUGCUCCAGUGAGAUCUGGAGCCUUCUUCUUACUGUUGGGCUCCAGGACGGCCCAUUUCUCGUGUACCGCCUCUAUUUGAUGCUCAGAGAAAACGUUCAGAACCAGCUGAUGAUCUUCUUCACGUGUAAAAACAUCCUCAUUGUCAUGCUAGAGCUUUACAGGAUUGGUGUGGUACACUUUGAGCUUCACAGGCCUGGGGGGAGAGACAGAUCACCUGAUGAACCUCAAAGACAGACAGAAAGAGUUGAAGGUGAACGAUUUGAUGUUUUCGUGUCUGACCGCCAGGUUGUAAAUGAAAGUAUUGAUGUAAGUUGA